CCUGUCCUGAGUCCUGUCAUUAGUGUGCUUACUUCAGAUUCAUUUCGAUUUCAUAUUUCCUUUUAUUAACAAGUAAGAUAACAUUUAUAAAGAUAUAAGAUAUUAUUAUCUUACAAGAAUGUGGUAUACCAUACAGGAAGACCCGCCAUAUCUGCUAUUAGCCAGGGCAUUAAAAGGCUAUGAAGUUUACGUUACGGAUUACAUUUCGAUAUGGUUUGUUUACUUCAAGAAAAAUGACUUUUUGGAGUGUUUAAAGGACAGCAAUUUUGGUCUUGAAGUUGAACCAGAUGAGUUAAUUCAGAAAGGUGCUAACCUCUUAAAACAACCAACUAACCUCAGGAAAAUGAAAGUAAAAAAAAGUGUUUCUACAUUAGAGCUCUCCAUGACCAAGUUAUUUGAAUACCCCUUGCAAUUAAAAUUGAAACUUGCAGAAGGAUCAAAAGAAAUGUUUUUUCAAAAUGUAACUUAUAUGCUACUAAAAACUGUAUCAGAUUUAAAAACUAGUCAGCAAGAGCUUAGAGAUCUAUUAAAAAAGAAAGAUGAUGAGAUAGAAGAAUACAAAAGUGAAGGAAAGGAGAUAGCUUUAAGGUAUUUAAAAACCAAACAAUUCAAUGAUGAAGAACAUAUGAGACAACAUCAAGUAGAUAAGGAAUGUGCUGACCUGUUGAACAUACCUAAUAUAUUAUUAGAAAAAAUUGCUGCUACUACUCAUAGAAAUGAAGCUAUAGAGCGGGAAAACUUGGAAAAUCUCAACAUUAAGCAGGAGCCUACUACGCCGUGUGCUAGCCAAAGUGCACCCUGCCUUGCUUCCAAUGACGUAAAGAUAGAGCCCAAGGUAGAACCUCAGAACAACUCAUUCAGUCCGAGAAAGAAACGAAAGCAAUUACUAAAUUAUUAAAUUUGCAGAAGUAGGAAAUUGGAUAUUGUUAUCUAAUUAUAGUCUUGUUUCUUGUCACGUAUAUGAAAUCCAAUAUAUGUUUUGUGAUUUUUAUGUAGGUAAUGAUAACUGUGACAGAGCACUUGCCUAAUAAUAACAAAGAGUUAGUGAUUGUAGUAGAGAUAUAAAGUCUAACCCCCUUAGUUAUAAACGCGCUACAAGUCUCAAUUAGUUAAUUAUUAUUUUAUCCUUUCUUACAAAUACAGAAGUCAAACUGACAGAUUAAGACAAAGAUUGUUAACAAUAGUAGCUAAUUGAGGUUGUAGCGUGAAUAUGAAUAAGAGGGUAACAAGAAAUCGCCCUCCGAGUUUGACAGCUGAAGUACUUAAUCGUGUAGAACUAGUGGUGUUGUGACUGUUUUGUCAAAUUCUUGAUAACCAGAAUUUGACAAAAUAGAAAUAAAAUUUUGAUAACCAGAUUUACCGCAUAAUCUACGGCUCUGCAUAGCGCGAUCUACAUUAGCUCUCAGAGUCAAGUGUAAAAAUAUGGGUGUACACAUCUUACUCAAAAAUAUGUCCCAUAGCAUCUUAUUACAGUGUAAUAAGAGCGUAGUACCAUAUUUAUGAGACGAUUCUCUCGAUACAUAUUUCCAUGUAUCUUGGCUUAUAUAGGAUUAAUAAGUAACUAUAGGUCUACUUUUUAACUAAGGUGGUUGAUAAGAAGUUAUUAUGGUCAGCUACGAUCUGGUUGAAGGCUUGGCUGCAUGAAACGGGUUUGUAUUAUGUUAAGGUAGUAAAAAUAUAUUAUAUAUUUAACUAGUUUUAGUCUCAAACAUCAGCUUUCAUGUACUAACAAAUCACAGUGCAACUUACCAACCGCUUCAGUUAUAGACCUAUAGUUGAGCUGUUGUUGAGUAAUGAGGUAAUUAACGUAUUAGUUAUUGAUUGUAUUAUAUGUAUAAAGUCUAAAAGACGCGUCCUCUAGUGAACUACAUGGCACUAUACAGCGCAAUAUUGAGAAAAACCAUUGAGAAAAUUUAAGCAUAGAGUGCUCACUUCAUACGUCAGUUUUCUUACCAAAUACGCGUAAUAUUUUCUAACUCGACAUCUAGCGUCAAGUAGCGAAAAGUCUAAUGCUCAACAAUUUUCAGCUAAUAUUAUAACCGGAUUAACCGGAAUUCAACUCCUUCUGCAUGCAAUAUUAGUUUAAAAUUGUUGAGCAAUAGACUUCUCGUAUACUCUCUUGGAUACUCGUGACAUCUAGUGUCAAGUAGGGGUACUGAUAAAUCCGCUACUUGACCCUACGACGGUUUUGGCAGGAAAAUUGAUGUAUGGAGUGAGCACUGUAUGCUUACUUAUUCCUCUGUGGUGGUAACUGAAUUGUCAAACGUCAGCUUUUCAUCAUCAGAGUUACCGCGUAAUGUAGUUAGCUACACAACGCCACCUACACUAGGUGUCUCUCAAAUUCGAAGCAUACAUUUGUCUUAUACUUUACACAUGUUAUACAAUCAACGUAUCUUUGCUUCGCCUAGAUAUGUAGUCUUCUAUUUAAGCUACUUGUACGAUUAAAAUUGAGAGCAUCGGCAGUUCUUGUGGAGACAAUUUUAAUCGUAGUAUUGUACAGUCGUGUAAUAUGCAGUUGUCACAUUCUUGUACAGGAGUGAAUAAAAGGCAAAUUGCUGUUUAUAAUAAAAGUUUACUAGGUAUAUAGAACUGUAUAAACUACUUGAUUUAGUUGUGCUAGUGUAAAAUUGUUACUAUAAAUGAAAUUCAUUGGAGAUAGGCAUUAACUCUUUGACUAAGUACCGAUAAGCAAGAAAGCUACUUAAGCUACGUGUUCGAUGCGGAUCCGCAUGUGACUCCGGUGUGCGAGCGGGAUAUUAUUAAAUCUUCCUAAGGCCCACCGUAGAAAAAAAUUAACUCAAUGGUAAAGGGUUACACUAUGGUUGAAUUAUUUUUGUUUUGAAAUCGACAGAAACUAAUAAAUGCAACUCUGUUCGAAUUGAAAAUUAUUUAAAUUACAUUGAAGUAAUUAGUGCUACGGGUAGGGUGAUGGGUCUUAUGAGGAUAUACUUGCAUAGAGUUGUUUAUCUAACCGUGUAAAACAUUUUUAGGUACUUUAGUCCAACUAGAGUAGUACCUACCUACGUUGUAGUGAGGUCUGGUACUUUUUUGUGGUAUGUACCUACUAACUUAUGUCAUAAUUAUCUUUCAUAUAUUACGUAAGUACUUAAAACGAAUUUAUGAAUUUUGGAUGAACGUGACAAACAUAACAAAAUAUUAGAAACAUAAGGAUUUUUUAACAGACGUAUAAGUAAGUACUAUUAAUGUAUUGUUUUACAAUAUUUUAUAGUGUUACAAAAUGUAUUUUAAAUACCCAAUUGAUUUUUAGUGCCAAUAAAGCAGCAAAUGAAAUAUCGAAUGUUCUAUACGUAUGGCUUAUCAUUGCUAUGCAUCGAACAUGCUCGUCGUUUUCCCAAUAACAAUUAUUCGUAACAUUAUCGCGAAUAAAUAGGCCUAAAUAACCAAUUUCAAGGUGUUUCUGACUGUCCAGCAGCCGUGGGACCUGCCCGUUUGGUUAGGCACCGAAACUAAUUUGAUUGGUGCUUUUUUGGUUACCAAUCACUGGGCGUUUGCCCCAGAUAGGUACUUAUGUGUUUAAUUACAGCGCAACGCAUAUUCGUAAUAACAUCAAAAGCUUAAGAAUAUAUCUCCAAUUUAAUUACAUUUAUUGCAACUUGUGAUUGUUGAUGAAUAUGAAAUUUUAUAGUAAAUACAUUACUAUUAGAACCAUUUUAUUAUUAAAUUCGUACUUAUGUGCAUGUAAUAAGAUGGAGCGGGUUACGUACUUUCUCUAGAUAUUCAUUUAACAUUACGGCCUCGGUGGAAAUGGCCAUAACUUUUUACCCUCAUAUAGGCUUGUAUUUCAAGCGAGGCUAUUUUGACCCCCCGACCACUUGUCCAAGCCCAAAUACAUGAGUAAUGCAUAAUCAGUAAAAUGUAGAUAUGUUCUGAGCAAGUCAAAUUGUAAGUUAUUUUCUAUUUAAUACAUGGUAACACUAGC